UCCUUCCAGCAGUACAGGCGGAUCUGGAGCUUUAGGAGGGGUACUAAGGAGGAGGGGAUUUAUCUAUUCGUCUCCCGGCUGCAUUCUCGGAUCCCAGCAGCUGUCCGGUCUGCGUGUGUCUGGGGUCGGGGCAGCCAUGAAUCCCUUCGGGCACCGUGAACAUGAAACCCUCAUAGAGAUGUCUGCGACCACCGACGAUUUUUCUAUACUCACUGACUUCCAGAAUCCAGAUUCUCCAGGAGAGGAAGCCAAUGGCACUUUAUAUGAAAUCAAUUCAAAUGCAGAUUCGGAAUUGCCGGGAAACUCAGAGGGCUUAAGCAGCACUGAGAGCACGUUUCUCAUCAUCAACAAUCAAAGGAAAUGGCGCAAGCAUGGCCUAUUCUUGAAGAGUCGUCUCAGGAUAGACAAACAUCACCAAAGUAAAGAUUCUGUCUUCUUCAGGGAUGGCAUCCGAAGAAUAGAUUUUGUCCUUUCCUACAUUGAUGAGCCUGUCAAAGAAGGAGACAAGAAAGCGGAAAGAAGAAAAGAAUUUGAAAUAAAUUUGGAAAAGUCCGGGCUAGAACUCGAAACAGAAGACAAAAAGGAAUCUGAAAAUGGGAAAACAUAUUUUGUUAAAAUUCAUGCACCUUGGGAAGUUUUAUCUACCUAUGCUGAGGUGCUCAACAUCAAAGUGCCCAUCAAAGAAAAUGAUAUACCUCCUCCGAUGGAGAACCCAUUGCACUUUGUGCUCAAGCCAUUUAGGCUUCCGGAGAACGUAAUGCAUCCUGAGCCAGACUACUUUACUGCUCCCUUCAGCAAGCAAAAACAGGAACUCUUCCUCAUAGAAGAUGAGAAUUCCUUCUUUUCUCCAGCCACAAGAAACAGAAUUGUGUAUUAUAUUCUCUCACGUUGUCACUAUGGAACAGAGGAAGGGAAGAAAAAGUUUGGAAUCAAAAGACUUUUAAACAAUGCAACAUACACAGCUGCCUAUCCACUUCAUGAUUGCCAGUAUUGGAAGAAAGCGAGGGAUGAAAAAUGUGAAAGUGAGAGGUUCACCUUAUAUAUGCAGUGGGCAAGGUUUGCACAAUUCUACAAAGAGCAACCCUUGGACCUUAUUAGAAAAUACUACGGAGAGAAGAUUGGUAUUUAUUUUGCUUGGCUGGGUUUCUAUACGGAAAUGUUAUUUUUGGCUGCAAUUGUUGGCCUCAUAUGUUUCCUCUACGGUUUGAUAACAAUGGAUGAUAGCAACAGUAGCAAACAAAUUUGUGAUCCAGAAAUUGGGGGACAGAUUAUUAUGUGUCCUCUCUGUGAUAAGAGAUGUGAAUUUUGGAGGCUAAAUACUACUUGUGAGCCGUCACGGUAUUCACAUUUAUUUGACAACGUGGCCACACUGUUUUUUGCAAUAUUUAUGGGAAUAUGGGUAACUUUGUUCUUGGAGUUUUGGAAACGCAGACAGGCCAGGCUGGAGUAUGAAUGGGAUUUGGUUGAUUUUGAGGAAGAACAGCAGCAGCUUCAACUUAGACCAGAAUACGAAGCCAAAUGUACGAAAAGGAAGAAGAAUCCUGUGACUCAGGAAAUAGAACUGGUUGUAAAACGAAGCAAAGUAAAUCUCCUUUCGAAACUCUUCUUGUGCUGGAUGUCAAUAGUAUUUUGGAUUUCUCUUAUUAUUGCCAGUAUGAUUGCGGUUAUAGUGUAUCGUUUGGCUGUCUAUGCUGCAUUUGCCAGCAUUAUGGAAAAUAAUCAGCUGGAAGAUAAUCCAAUCAGCAGCUUGCUAACACCACAGUUGGCUACAUCUGUGACCGCCUCAUGUUUGAACUUUGUCAUCAUUAUGAUUCUGAACUUCCUUUAUGAGAGAGUUGCCAUAUGGAUUACUGAUAUGGAAAUCCCUAGAACCCAUCUGGAAUAUGAGAACCGACUUACCAUGAAGAUGUUCCUCUUCCAGUUUGUAAACUACUACUCAUCUUGUUUUUACGUGGCGUUCUUCAAGGGCAAGUUUGCCGGCUUUCCCGCAGACUACACUUACAUGUUCAACAAGUGGAGAAAUGAAGAGUGCGAUCCAGCUGGAUGUCUUAUAGAACUGACCACACAGCUUACAAUCGUUAUGGCUGGAAAACAGAUCUGGGGCAACAUUCAAGAAGCCAUUGUUCCAUGGAUAUGGAAUUGGUGGGGUCGAAGGAAAGCUAGAAAUAACCCAGAAAACCUCUACAGCCGGUGGGAGCAAGACUACGACAUGCAGACGUUUGGAGGUCUUGGACUGUUCUACGAGUAUCUUGAAAUGGUUAUUCAGUUUGGAUUUAUUACAUUGUUUGUGGCCUCUUUUCCUCUGGCCCCACUCCUUGCAUUGCUGAACAACAUCCUGGAGAUUAGAGUUGACUCGUGGAAGUUGACCACACAGUUCAGGAGGCCAGUGGCGUCUAAAGCGCACAGCAUUGGAGUGUGGCAAGAAAUCCUAAAUGGCAUGGCCAUUCUCUCUGUAGUGACAAACGCUUUUAUUGUUGCCUUUACAUCAGACAUGAUCCCUCGCUUGGUUUAUUACUACGCUUAUUCUGAAUACGAGCAUUCACUCAUGGAUGGAUAUAUAAGCAGUAGCCUUUCUAUUUUUAAUGUUUCAGAUUUUAAAGAAAAGAGCAUGCCAAAUGAAAAUCCAAUGAACAUAACUUUAUGCCGGUACAGAGAUUAUCGGUAUCCACCAGACCACGAGAGGAAAUACAUGCACACCAUGCAGUUCUGGCAUGUCCUAGCGGCUAAAAUGGCUUUUAUAAUUAUUAUGGAGCAUGUAGUAUUCAUCGUCAAGUUCUUUGUGGCCUGGUUGAUUCCUGAUGUUCCUUCAGAGGUCAAGGCAAGAGUCAAACGAGAGAAAUACUUAACGCAGAAAAUUCUUCAUGAGUAUGAACUCUACAAGCUGAAGGAGAAGUUAUCUGGAAGACAGUACUGUGAGGACGCAGAGAAGCAAGUUAUAGCCACCGAAGGAAAAGUUCAGUUGUCUGAAGCCAUGUAGCACUGUCACCUGCUAUUUCUUACUGACACUACCGGCAUUUAGUUGUGUACAGUAAACCAACACAUCCUCACCUGCUAUUUCUUACUGACACUACCGGCAUUUAGUUGUGUACAGUAAACCAACACAUCCUAACCCCUUAUACAACUUUAUUUAUUUUUUAUUUGAUAGCACCUUGACUGUCAGGUUUUUUGUUUUUGUUUUUUUAAUCCCUUUAAACUCUCUGAUAUCCAAAGGAUUUAAGCCUUACACUAUUGCAGAAAUAUUAUUUUCCCUGUAUCACAGCUGCUUAUUUACUAUUGACAAAUAUUUUACUGUGGGUCACAUGACCCUUUUAUUAUUAUUUGUUUUUUAUUAUUUUUUUUACUUGUAUGGUUUACAACCAUUUUUAAAUGCAGUAUGUAGACACAUAUUGUGUGCAAUUUUAUUUACAUUAUCAAGAAUGUUUUUAAACCUUCCUGUGGUUUCCUACCUGACAGUUACAUAUUGAAAGAACACUGUAGCUAAAAAAAAAUCUGUCAACCAUAUGAAAACAUUUAAACGUGUAAUUUACUUUUUUUGCAUGAAAAACUGAAAAGCUAUUUAAAUUUAAACUAUUGCAGCUGUAUCAGUUGUGUACCUCAAGCUAGUGCUUGUUGGCUGGUAGCCAUUUCCUUCUUGUGAUUAUUGGCCAGUAGGCAUUUCCUACUUGUGAUCGUUGGCCAGUAGGCAUUUUCUACUUGUGCUUAUUGGCCGGUAGUCAUUUUCUACUUGUGCUUAUUGGCCGGUAGGCAUUUUCUACUUGUGCUUAUUGGCACUUGUGCUUAUUGGCUGGUAGUCAUUUUCUACUUGUGCUUAUUGGCCGGUAGGCAUUUUCUUCUUGUGCUUAUUGGCCGGUAGGCAUUUUCUUCUUGUGCUUAUUGGCCGGUAGUCAUUUCCUACUUGUGCUUAUUGGCUGCUAGCCAUUUCCUACUUGUGCUUAUUGGCUGCUAGUCAUUUCCUACUUGUGCUUAUUGGCUGCUAGCCAUUUCCUACUUGUGCUUAUUGGCUGCUAGUCAUUUUCUACUUGUGCUUAUUGGCCGGUAGGCAUUUUCUACUUGUGCUUAUUGGCACUUGUGCUUAUUGGCUGGUAGUCAUUUUCUACUUGUGCUUAUUGGCCGGUAGGCAUUUUCUUCUUGUGCUUAUUGGCUGCUAGCCAUUUCCUACUUGUGCUUAUUGGCUGCUAGUCAUUUCCUACUUGUGCUUAUUGGCUUGUAGUUAUUUCUUUUCUAGUGCUCAUUGGCUGGUAGGUACUCCCUGCUAAUGAUCAGUGAGCGCAAUGCAUAACUGAUACUGGUUUGUUAGUUUACAUUUAAACAGGAUUCUAUUUCAUAUUUAUUCUGUCUAUAACAUUUCAACAUGUUUAAAGGCUGCACUUUCAUAUGAGUGAAACGUUUGAGUACAAUAUCCUUUUAAAUCAUUUUAUCUACGGUUUCUAAACUGUCGUUAAGUAAUAGCUAUUUUUUUAUUUAUUGAUAAUAUUUGGAGGGCUCUUCAUUUACACCGUCACUUGUUUAUGAUUAUUGCUCAAUGCCAAGGUGAGGUUUGAAGAAGUGUUUAUGGCCAACAGAUUAAGAUAAACUCACAUCUAGUUAAUCUAUAAUGAACAUGCUCAUAUGGAGAAUUUUGUUUACUCCACAAGUUGCUGUAAUAUCUCAGGGAAAGGGUCUCAUUUCAGGGUUGUUUUUACAUAUCAGUUGUGUGGCUAUCAUAAGCCAUCUUUUUGCAAACCAAUGCAUUUUUGUUGACUUUUAAUUUAAUGGUGGCCAAAUUAUUAUUCUGUGUAUUCUUUAUAGUUAACAAGGCCAAAGUACUGUUAUUCUUAAGAUAUUAUUUAUCAAAUUAAGAUCUAAUAUUUGAAAGGAAUAAGAUAUCCACACAAUACCUUGGCCUAAUUGAUUUUGGGUGAGUUUAUUUUUAUAUAAGCAGCAAUUUGCUAACAGUGUUUCAGUUUUUUGAACGUCACUUCUGGUAUCCCUUGCAUUAUUAAAAUACAUAACUCUAUUUAAUUGCCUGGCUUCUCAGAUUUCAAAAAUUAAAGAGACUGUCAUAAGUAAACUUUCCUGAUUUUAUAUAGAUUGUGCAAUUUUAAAGGGACGGUGUGCUGUUUUUUCUUCUCCAUUUUAAUGUGUUCCCAAAGAUCCAUUUUACCUGCUGAGGUGUAUUAAAUUAUUUACAAAUAUAUCCUUUACCUUUAUUUUGCCAUUUGAUAUAGAUGGUUUUGGGGUGUGGUAUCUUUUAGCAGAAACUGCUGUUUCAUAUACAAAAAUAAACACAACAUAGUUUUUCCCCAUUAUAUUUUAUACUCUGCAGCUGGUGUAACAAUGCUUUGGAAAGACAUUGAUGGAACCAAUUUUACGGUACACUGUCCCUUUAAAUCACUUUCCCGUUCACUUCUAAUAUCCCAACUUUGCUUUGUUCCUUUCUUAUCCAUUGUUGAAGAGUAAACCUAAAUAGGUUCAAAAUAGCUCAUUAGCAUGCACGUCUUAAGCUCUAUAUGAAAGUAUUGUUUGUGACAAUGUUUGUAACAAUGUUAUACAUUGUUGCAAACACCGUUUAAUUUUUACUUACUGUCUUUUAAUGUCAGCCUAAAAAGUGAAAGCUCGGUUAAUCAGUUCUUGUUCAAAUAUUUCAACUAGCAUAGAGAAAGCAAAGAACUUUUCAAUACAAUAGAAACUAAAUGUAUAACGUAAAAUGACCCUAAGAUAUUCAUUAAAAGCUAGUUGUUUUAAUACAUUUACAAUGAAGGAUAUUCUUAAAGACCUUUCUUUAAAUCUGUACAAGGUAAACAUUUUUUUUUAUUUCCUUACACUCAUUUUACCUUCACCAAAGAUAGUUUAAAACAUAUUUGGCUAAAUCAUUUUAUUUAUAAACCUCUGCAAAGAUUUUUGUUAUUUCGUGUUGUUGUUUUUCAACUGGAAUAUAAUUGGAGACCUUUUGUUUCUCUUUCCUUUUACUUUUUUACUUAUAUCCUCUGACGAAAAGGAAUUUAUGAAGAAGCCAACAGUAUUAUUAGCUGUUUGCCUUUUAGUAUCUGUGCACAUUUAAUUUUUUUUAAUUAUAUAUAUUUCCCUAGGUUAUUAUAAAUAUUUUUAUGGGUUUGUUAAAUGUUGAUUUUACUUUUACAAACUUGGCAGGCCUUGUUUAUAUGGUGCCUUAUGCCUAUGCAUUACAUUUAUGUAAUAAGUUCUGUAAUAUAUACUGUUUGCAAAUAUUCAGAAGUCUAAGAACUGUAAAUGGUUUAACCCCUAUUUUUUUUUUUUUUUUUUAUUAAAGUUGAUUUAUUUCAUUUUUAA